GAACUGCAACUUGGCCUGGGAGCGGAUCCUAGGCUUUUACUAUGGUUAGCAUCUGGCUCAGGGGCUGGCGAUUUUCGGAAAGUGUCACGGUGGGGUAAGCAAUGGGACUCAGCCACAACGUGGUGAUGGAAACACUUAAAAAGUAAGUCACCUAAAACCCCGUUUCCUCGCGAACCAGAACGGAAGAAAAUAAAUCACACCGGUUUUGUAUAACGUUGGUGUACGUGCAAGCUAAGAAGGGUGCUCCUCCAGCUUGUGAACAUGACAUGGGACGCCAGCCCGUCUAGACCCUCCCUAAGGCACCACACCAGCCAGGGAGAGAGCGAGCAAACCUCCAGAACACCGAGUUCAGUGCCUAGAGGGGUCGCCGGCGUCACUUCCGCUCACGGUCUAAAAACCGCCCCCGCGCACGGCGUCUCUUCCUCUCCGGCUUGGGCUUCGGUUCCGGCGACAUGGCGAAACGCACCAAGAAGGUCGGGAUCGUCGGGAAAUACGGGACCCGCUAUGGUGCCUCCCUCCGGAAAAUGGUGAAGAAAAUUGAAAUCAGCCAGCACGCCAAGUACACCUGCUCCUUCUGUGGCAAGACCAAGAUGAAGAGACGAGCGGUUGGCAUCUGGCACUGUGGUUCCUGCAUGAAAACGGUGGCUGGUGGAGCCUGGACCUACAACACGACUUCUGCCGUCACAGUGAAGUCGGCCAUCAGAAGACUGAAGGAGCUGAAAGACCAGUAGAAGCACCCCGUCAGAGACCUGCCUGUGCUCCAAUAAAUGGGUUAAUUUACGUAA